AUGGCAAAAACCUGUCAGAAGAACACCUUCGCAGGCCUGCACGGGCACAGAACGGCAACCUUUCCCACCAACCUGGCCCCAAAGCCAACCGGGCUUCUGGGCAGUGGGUCUGGGCAGGGUGUGGCUCCAGGAUGCCCUGUGCGUUCUCACGCUCCCCCAACUGGAUCGGGCGUUCCCUGACAGCAGAGACAGUCCCCGUGCGGGUACCCGGAUGGGCUGGCGGCACGGCGGGGGCGGGGGCCGUGCCUUCAGCGUCCAGCCACUUGCAAGCCAUUUCCAACGCGUGGAGGUCCCCCCCGCCCCCGCCCCCAAUCCCCAUGACAAUGAGUCCCUCUCUGUCCCUUCCCAGUGCUCGUGAAGACAUGUCCCCGUGUGGGCUGACCCCUUCACAAUCCAAGGGGCACUUGGAUGGGCCAAGAGGACAGCAGCUCAGGUGUCCUCUGCAGAGAACAGCAGCGGCUCCCAGCCUGCCACGGAAACCGAGACUUGGGAGGAGCGGCAGGAUCCAAGCAACUGAGCCAACUCAAAGUAGCCCCGGGACCAGCCUGCACCUGUUCCCACCGGAUACGGUCCCACUAUCACAGUGCACACUCGGAAGCACCUCCUGUGGGCUAGUCACGGCUCUGAGUGAACUCCUUCACCUUGCACGGUCUCCAGUUCCUGUCACCAUCUUUCUCCGAUCCCGACGGGAAAACCUCAAGCCCCUCUCUACUCAGUGCUUCAACUGCUAUCACGGAGUGGGUCUUUCCCCAGACGACCUCUACAGCCUUGGCUCCUCCCCUCACCUGUCCUCCGGUCCUGACUUCCCAACGGGCGAUCCCUUUGUUCACCUCGCAUUGUCCCUCCAGCCAGUUCUGCAGCUGUAAGCCCAGUGCUCCCAGCUAACAUCCUCCCAACAUCUCCUCCGGUGCUCUGUCUGCUUGACACAUCGUGUAUUAUGCUCCCGGGACACCUUUGUCAUGCCUGGCCUUCCGGGCACUUGGUUCUUCCCCUCCCCCCCCCACCCAUGCCCUUCUUGCUCUCUACCUUUCCACAUUCCACCCCACCUUCCCGAAUCUCCCACUCCUCCGGCUUACAGCAAUGUCAGAAUUCACCCGUUUAUUUCACGAAAUGUAAUACUCAGUUGCUCUGUUUCCUGGGUCCUGAUUUCCAACUAUACUAUUCAAGGCUUGAGAACAGGGGAGUCUUUGAGCCCCCCUAGGGCUUAGCACGAUGCUGGUCACCUAACAAGUAGGCGGUGAACACUUAUGAAUGAUCAGUUUAAUCCUAACUUAAUAUGGUUAGCUUGGGACACCGACCGGGGUCACUGGGAAAUUGGCUUGGCCAUGCGCCACACCCCGAGUCUGGAUGGUGGUGCCUGUCCUUUGCAGAGCAUUUGGUUCGUAGGUGUGCAGUGACCUGUUUGCUCCCCAACAAGCCACCUCCACGAGCCUCUUGGGAGAGAAGGUCACAAUUCCAGGGAGAGUGGCCACACGGGCAAAGAAUUUUCUGCGAGGUUUGGACACAGAAGCCUGUUCAAAUCCAAGUGGGUGUUGUAACUAUGAGUAGUGCUGGAUGUUAAUUAAAUUUUUUGUGGAGGUCAUUUUGCAAUAUAUACAUAUAGCCUAUCAUUAUACUGUACGCCUGAAACGAAUACGAUGUUAUAUGCCAACAAUAUCUCAGAAAAAACCCAAACCCAAACCCAAACCCAAACCCGAACCAAAUGGGAUCUGGGGUAAGGUAGGUUCAACUGGACCCCAUCAAAAUGAUUUAGUUUCUCAAGUACCGAGAGCAAUUUAGGACCAGAUGAUCUCACGGAGGACGUGACCCGACAGAGUGGACUCUGAGAGACGGAAGGCACUGUAGGGAGGUUUCAGGGUUAUUACAUUUGGCCGCCGACACCAUUCUUAAUCGAUCUGUUCAACGUGUUUCAAGAUUCCUAAUGGACACAGUAAUGACAACGUUCAAAGACCAGGGUGUGCUUACACUCACCACCUUCCGCUGGAACAGGGAGCCAGAACAGCACCUGCUCAUCCGGCCCACAACGUCUGGCCAACUCAGGUCCAAGUGCCUCUGACUCUAGACCAGAGGCCAUAUUUCGUGUGCCUUCCACACCACACCCUACAAGACUGCUCAGAAAUGGGCCAUUCGUCUGCAAGACAGGCAGUUCUCACGACUCAAAGGCCAGUCACUCAACGUCCGCAGAAGAAUUACAUUUCACAAACAGGGGGAGGUGAGCAAAUAGAACAGGGGCAGACUUCCUUCAAAUGCGCUUAGGCUUGGGGCGCCUGGGUGGUGCAGUCGGUUAAGCGUCCGACUUCAGCCAGGUCACUAUCUCGCGGUCCGGGAGUUCGAGCCCCGCGUAGGGCUCUGGGCUGAUGGCUCAGAGCCUGGAGCCUGUU